UUAAAAAUUUUAUAAAUUUUCAUAGAUGUUAAAACAGUGUUAAAAAUGGACAUUUUCAUAGGCUUUUUAAUAUUUUGUGCAUUAUUUUACAAUGAUAACGUCCUUGCUUACAGAAUCAUGCAAGACACCGUUGCGUUGGAAGAUUUUGAAGUUGAGCUCGUGCAAGUUUUAUUUAGACACGGCGACCGAGUUCCAGACACAUUUGAGCGAUAUCCGAAUGACCCAUAUGAUGAAAAAUAUUUUAAACCAGUGGGCUAUGGUCAACUUACGAAGCGAGGUAUGAAACGACUAUACGAUACAGGAAAAAUGCUUAGAGAGCGAUAUGAUAAGUUUCUUGGGCAUUACAAGCCUCAAGAAGUUUAUGCAUUCAGUACGGACGUUGAUCGCACAAAAAUUUCGUUGCAAUUGCUUUUGGCUGGGUUAUAUCCCCCGACAGAGGAAUCAAUGUGGAAUAAGGAUCUUCCAUGGCAGCCGAUUCCAAUACAUUAUAAGCCAAAGGGUGAAAAUUUCCUUUACGUUGAUUGGUCGUGUCCAACCUUCGAGAGGUUGUAUAAAGAUGCUCAAAUGCAUCCUGAAGUCAACAACAUGAUGCAACAAAAUCAUGACGUACUGGAAUUCGUAAAAGAUAUUACAAAGAUGAAAUUUGAAAGGGGAGCUUUGAGUGUAUUGUCCAUAACUGCAAAUUUGCAGUCUGCAUUGGCCUUGGGUCUGCCAUUACCCAGCUGGUGUUCCGAGGAAACUUUCAAAAUUCUAGAAGAAGUCUCUGCGGUUGGCUUCAAGUCACUGGCAAUUACUGAUCCUUUAGCAAAAAUUGUCGUUGGCCCAACUGCUCAAGUUUUACAAGAUAAUAUGCAACGCAACGAGGAUAAAAAAGACAGUAGGAAGAUUUACUUGUACAGCGCUCACGAUUCUACCGUGAUGCCAUUCCUCACCGGAUUGAAGAUAAAAAACGCCCCUCAACUCGCCGAGUACGGUUCCGCGGUCAUAACUGAAAAAUUGCGAGACAAAGAAGGAAAAUCUUUCGUUCGGAUGUUGUUUUGGACCGGAGUUUCUGAAAAACUCAUCCCUCUCGAACUUCCAGGAUGCAAACACAUAUGCACAUUCGAAGAGUACAAAAAUGCGAUAGCUCAUAUUUUACCUGACAGUGGAAAAAAAAAUUGUUAGACGCCCGCUUAAACCGAAUAGAACGGUUAUCUAAAAUAGAAAUAAUUACUGUACAGUUUAAGUGAUUUUUCUUUAAGAAUUUUAGUAAUACAUUAUUAACAAAUGAAAAAUAAGUUUUUAAUUUUAUAAACGAAUAAAAAUAUAUUAUAAUUAUAACCAUUGCAAUAUACUUUAAGAAAUAUCACUGAAAUCUGAAACAAUACGAUUUCAUCAUCUGAUUGAAAACGUUGGUUAUAUUUAAUUCAAAAAAUUGUGAUAGUUUGAUACACGAGACUAUAUUCGGGUUAUCGAUUGACUGACUGUUGUGCCUUGGCAAUGCUGCUUUUAAAAAACUCAGAUGAAUUUAGUUAAGCAUAAUAAUUUCAUCAACGAGUAUUCAUCUUUUACAGCCACAUUAAAAUCUCACAUUAAAAUAGAAAAAAAAAUUACUAAAGCGUUGGUUUUACACAAGAGCUGAAGCUGAACUCGUUAUUUAAUCUUCGUUGGUCACUUAACAAAACAUCAUACAUUGCAAGACUGUUUAUCGACAACUUUUAAAACCAACCAAAAUAUUUGAAACUAUCAUAUGCGACUUGUGCCGUUAAUCAUGAUAAAAAUAUUAAAAAUUGAACUCUAAAGUCAGACUCUGCAAGUAAAAGAUUUUUCACGAAAAAUUCUGUUACUAAAUUUUGUUUUAGAAAAAAUA